AUGGACAGCGCCACCACUGAAGUUGCUCGAAUUCAACGCUUUGAGGGCCCAUCACGACAGGUCGGUAGCAUGCGACAUUUAGACAGGAUGCAGCAUUUGCCUUCAUUCCCUACAUCAGAACUGACAAGAUUGAAUCAUCAUAGUCCUCUUUACUACCUAGAAAUCGCGCAGUCCCCUGACGAUGGUCGAGUCAACGUUGGAAAGUCAAAAGGUAAACCAUUGGCCUGUAGCCUACACCCGGAGCCGAUUAUCCGACUCAAGGGUGGAGGUGCGGAUCCCAACCUCUAUCACCAGUCGAACCCGCAUUUUUUCUGCAUUGUUGAACUCGUUGCCAACGAUGAAGUGAGCUCUCCGAUUGAUGGUGGUUUGGGAGGGGUUCUAGUCUCAUCUCUGCACAAACUGAAGGCAGAGAAAAACCAAGAAUGCGGUUACUUCAUCUUUGGAGAUCUGUGCCCAAAAUAUCUGGGAAUUUACCGCCUCAAAUUCGUUCUCUUUGAACUUCGUUAUGACGGUGACCUAGGCCAAUAUGCAAAACUCCUGACAUCUACCACCAGCGGAUCAUUCCCCAUCAGGGAAGCUAAAGGCAUGGGAAUCUCAAAAGCAUCCACUGAAUUGACACGGUCAGUUGCUGAAUGCGGUGUGAAGAUUAGAAUCCGCAAAGAACCAACGAACAAGCGCAAACAGUCCCAAACAAGCUGGGGAUCUGUGCAGCGUCCGGAGAGAGCAUCAGGCCCACUUGCUUUCAGUCAACCACAAGGUGUCAAUCCAGCCGAGACUGGGCCUGGCAUGCCACCAAAUCGACGCGGGGAGAGCAUCAUGCACCGCCUAACUUAUUCAAGAAACCACACAAGCCAUCUCGACAAUCAAGAGUUCGAAGACUCGAGACAACGCAUUUCCGGCCAGGCAGGCAUAGCACCUUGGGGUGUUCAGGCGGCUCCUGUGGACAAUCACCAGGGCUUCCAAGCCUCCCAGGCCUUGUUUUCUUUCGGACGUCCGGACCUCCACGGUAUGAAUACUCACAUGAAUAACAAUCAUAUGAGCAGUAUGGUGUCUGGUUCCAGCAAUACUAGCCACGGUAUGAUGUCUGGUUUCAACAGUCAUACGAACAGCUCGUCGUCUCCACCGAAUGAACCCAUGAGCAACAUGAUGUCCCCAAGCAAUGCUCACAUGAAGAACGCUUUGUCUCCUGGUAAUUGUCAUAGCAACCACAUGGUAUCUGGCCUGGACAGUCACAUGGGAAUUAUGAUGAGCGGACAUGGUGGUAAUGCUGGUAACUUCGCACCUCUUAGCCAGCUAUCCAGCUUGUCGAGUGGCUCAGGUCUCUAUGAUGACAUGCCUACCACCAGCAUGCCAUACACCAACAGCAUGCCAUACACCAUAACCAUGCCAUACAACGCCACUCACAGUAACAGCAUGCCGCCACUCUACAGUCAACAACACACGAACAGUGUAUCGCAUGCUCCCAGCGUACCACCACUAUACAAUCAGCAAUACUCAAAUACGGCAUCAUCCCAAGGCAUGCACACAUUGCCCCUCCCCAAUCCUGGACCUAUUUGGCAUCAAAACAGUUGCCAUGGUUCCAGCGGCAUGGUGUUCAACAAUUGA